AUGGCUUUCGAACCCAACUGGCUGAUCCAAAUCCCGGAUCAAUCCAACCCUAACGCCCUGCGAGCUCGCCAGGAGAAUGUGAUUGCGCACAUGGCCCACAACAAGCCGCGUAUAGACGCGGGGCAUAUCGUCAUGACAGGUCCGAUGGUUGCAUCGCACUCCAAGAGCACCGGAGAGCCCGCUGUUUUGAAGGGAAGCGUCAUGGUAUGGAAGGCAGACAGCGAGGCUGAUAUCCGCGCCCAGUUGAGCGAAGAUCCGUUUGCGGCAGGUGGGGUAUGGGAUCUCGAUCAGGCUACGAUCGUGCCAUUCUUGUGCGCUAUGAGGAAGCAGCUGUAA